UUGGUUUUCACCCGUUUCUUUGAUCAGUUUCUUCUUCGGAUGUUGCAGUCAUGGUUGACACUGGAGCAAUAAGAACUGUCAUUGGAGUAAUUGGAAAUGUCAUCUCCUUUUGUUUAUUCAUGUCUCCCGUACCUACAUUUAUAUCAAUAUGGAAGUCAAAAUCAGUGCAAAAUUUCAAGCCAGAUCCUUAUAUUGCAACUAUACUCAAUUGUGGAAUGUGGUCAAUCUAUGGAAUGCCCUUCGUAACUGAAGAUAACACUCUUGUCGUCACAAUAAAUGGUUUUGGCUUCUUCCUUGAGAUCUUCUACGCUCUCAUCUUCUUUGUAUAUUCAACCUGGAGCAAGCGGAGGAAGAUCAUCCUAAUCUUCCUGGGUGAACUCGUCUUCCUUGCGGUAGUGAUAUUUCUAAUCAUGACCUUUCUUCACUCUGCCAAGCAAAGAAAGGUGAUUGUUGGGCCUAUAUGCAUAGUCUUCAACAUCCUUAUGUACUUUGCACCCUUAACUGUCAUGCGACAAGUAAUUCGAACAAAGAGUGUGAAGUACAUGCCUUUCUUACUUUCGUUCGCCAACUUUGCCAAUGGAGUUAUCUGGACGACCUAUGCCUUACUUAAGUGGGAUCCAUUCAUCGUGAUUCCCAAUGGCAUUGGAACAGUAUCCGGGUUGGUGCAGCUGAUCCUCUAUGCCAUGUACUACAGAACAACCAAAUGGGAUGAAGAAAUCGAUUCCGUAUGAAUACCAUGAUUUCUGCUUAAUUGGAAUAUUGAGAGAAUGAAAGAUGGAAAGUUAAAGGAAAAAGAAGCUGUCAACAACACCGCCCCUUCAAAGAAUAAUUUAUUUUUGUACUUUUGAAAUCAUAGCAUUGAUGAAAUCGUUACAGUCGUUAAUUGUUGUAUUGUUGUUGGCCUUAAUUUUUUUUAUAGGCAAUGUUAAUUUGUUAGAAUGUUAUGACUUUAAUGAUCAAUGAAUAUGUCCAUUUGAGCUCGUCAACAUUUU